UACAAUAUCUCCAAGAGUCUCAUAUAUAAAAUAUUACAUAGACGAAGACUUUUACACCAACACAAACGCUCUUCCUUCUUGCUCUGUUUUUUGGCUCUGUUUUUCAUCAUGGAGUGGAGCAGAGGACCCAUCAUCGGCCGAGGCUCCACCGCCACCGUCUCACUCGCCACCGCCCUCCGGUCCAGUGAACUCUUCUGUGUCAAGUCCGCAGAGCUCUCUUCUUCAGCUUUCUUGCAAAGAGAACAGAGUUUUCUCUCCAAAUUGAGCUGUCCUCGGAUUGUUAAGUACUUGGGUUUUGCUGUUAGUAACGAAAACAAUGUGCCUUUGUACAAUCUUUGCAUGGAGUACGUGCCCGGUGGCACGAUUUCCGAUGCAAUUCGAAGACAUGGAGGGAAGCUGGAGGAGUCAGUGAUCAGGUCCUACACGUAUCAGAUUCUACAAGGUUUGGAUCAUCUCCAUGUUAAUGGGUUGGCGCAUUGUGAUAUCAAGAGCCAGAACAUUCUGAUCGGAGAAGACGGAGCAAAGAUUGCCGAUUUGGGUUGUGCUAAAUUGGUUGGAGUUGAUGGGAGUGAAGUCUCUGCCACGUCAGAGUUUUCCGGCACACCGGUUUUCAUGGCGCCGGAGGUCGCACGUGGAGAGGAGCAGGGAUUUGCAGCUGAUAUAUGGGCUCUGGGUUGUACGGUCAUUGAAAUGGCUACUGGCAGAUGCCCUUGGGUGGAGGCAGGUGACCCGGUAUCUGCUCUUUAUCGGAUCGGGUAUUCCGGCGAUGUGCCGGAGCUUCCGAGGUGGUUUUCGGAUAAGGGUAAGGAUUUUCUGAGCAAGUGCUUGAUGAGGAAUGCAAAAGAGAGGUCGACAGCUAAAGAACUUCUUAGACAUCCAUUUGUUGAAUCUAUGGGGUGUCAUUCAGAUCAAGUAAAGGAGUUCACAAUGAUUAGUCCGAGUAGUGUCUUGGAUCAAGAAUUGUGGGAUUCAUUGGAAGAAUUGGAGUCAUCUCCUCAUGAACCAAACAUUGAAGGCUGUUCAAUUCUGAGUUCUCCAAUGGAAAGGUUCAGAAUGUUGAUUGGAGGUACUUUUAGUUUUUCUUCACCUCCGAAUGUACCUAAUUGGAGUGUGGAUGAAACUUGGUUCACAGUCAGAUGCAAUAUUGACACUGAGAUCUUUGAAGAUGAGUCGAUUUCGGACUCAAGUUCAUCAUCCAUGGAUUCGACCAUUCAUGAAGGAGAGCGUGAAAGUUUAAUGUUUAAUGAUGGAUUGUCAUCUGAUUAUUCUUUUGAAAUAGUUAGUACUAUUGGCAAUGAGAGAGAUUUUUUGAUACCAUGUAACAAUAUGGAAAUUACUUUUGUAUUAGAAAAUGUCAAAAUUGAAACAUACUGCAAAAGAUUUUGUUUUAUUCAAUCCAUAUGUUAUUCUAUAUGCGUUAAUCCCCACUUUAUUUUAUUUAUUUUUUUUCACCUUCUCAUACCGCGCUUCUUUCUUUAUUUAUUCCCUCACAUGCUUUUCACCAGCUUCAAUCUUGCAACAAGCAUAGGUAAUUAA